AUGUCAACAAGCCAUAUAUCCUUGGGUUCAACAGCAUCAACAACCAACAAGAACAACAACCAUAACAAUAAUAAUCAGUAUACUUCUCGAAUGAAACAAUCUCAUCAUUCAUCACACUUGUCCGAUCAACCACACGCUCAUCAUCAAGUCGCUGCAACCACAUCAAAAUAUUUUGUUUCAUCUUCGGUUUCAUCUCACACCAGUAAUGGAGUGGUGGUGGUGUUGAACCAUUCUCAUCCUAACAGCAACAACAAUCAUAACUACCAUCAACAACACAUAAUGAACAAUAAUGGAAUUCCUCCACCCUCUUAUUAUGCCUCUAUUAACACUAUGAAUGGUGUCACACCUUCACAACAACAACCACUACUCCAUCAUUCAUUAACUGUUGAAUCACAGAUGAUUGAUCAUGACGACAAUAUUCAAACCACGAUGAUCAAACCUACACUAACAAGUCACAACAAUAAUAACUCUAACUUGAUUUAUUAUUCAACAAUCUCUUCUAAUAACAAUCAUAAUCAUAACAACAACAACAACAACAACGCAUGUACUAACUUGACGUCUUGUUCUGAUCAUCAUCACCAUGGCAGCUCUCAUACUCUUCCACUCGUGAAUCAUCAUCAGGACAAUAAUAACCACAACUCAUCAAUGGUCAAUAACAACAACAACAAUAACAGCAAUAAGAAUGCAGUCCUACCUUCUUCAACAACAACAACAACGAAACAACAACAACAACCCAUUCCAUCCACAUUGAAACUAUCACAACAACAACUACCACUACUCCUCACUCUUCAAAAACAAAUCGUUCAAAACUUUGAAUUUGAUACUCCAGCCUCACGUUACAAAGUCACAGAUAUCAUUGGGAAUGGAACUUAUGGUGUAGUUGCCAUUGCAUUGGAACAAGAAUCACAAGUGCAGGUGGCUCUUAAAAAGAAUAUUCGAGUCUUUCCAAACUCAACCACUCAACAACACAAUUCUUCCAAUGACAAGUAUGCUGCGUUUAAUAACAGUGGAAAACUUCAUCAAUUAAGAAUGUUAAGAGAACUCAAAAUACUUCAUCAUAUGAGAUCAUGUCCAUAUAUUGUAACAUUGAGAGACGUUCAUGUACCACCCAGUGUUGAUUAUUUAGAAGAUAUUGAAAUGGUUACAUCACUCAUGGAGGCUGAUUUACGUGAUAUAUUUGAUAGUGGACAAUAUUUGUCUCCAAAACAUAUCAAAUGGUUCAUGUAUCAAAUUGUACUCUCAGUGUAUUAUUUGCAAAAGGCUCACAUUCUUCAUCGAGAUUUGAAACCUGAGAAUGUGUUACUCAACUCACAAUGUGAUGUUUCAAUUUGUGAUUUUGGUUUGGCGCGAGGAUUUUACAAUUCGAGAAGAACAAGUUCAGCGACUACUACGACUGUUACUGGCAGUGCUGCUACUACGAUUGUUGUUACUCCUACUGGUGCUGCUGCUACUGCUACUCUUUCUACUAGUGUAGGCUCAACAACAACAACAACAACCAACACCACUCCAAGUCAAAUCGAUCCAAUGACUCUUGUUGAGAAUAACACUCGUCUCUCUUCCAAUUAUGUCGUUUCGAGAUGGUAUCGACCACCUGAAUUGCUCACCAAUGCUCCUCAUAUUUACAACAAGACUUUGGACAUGUGGAGUGUUGGUUGUAUCAUGUAUGAAUUACUCUCAGGUGCUGGUGAAGUUCUUUUCAAAGGUACAGGAUCUGUGGAUCAAAUCAAGAGAAUUGUCAAACAAUUGGGAACACCCAAUGUUGAGGAUUUCAAUGGAUCUGACUCGGCACGUGAUUUUGUAUUCAACAAAUUACCUUUUUAUCGUCGAAGAUCCUUCACAAAGAGAUUACCUGCAAAUACUUGUCCAAUGGCCAUUGAUCUCAUGAAGAGAAUGCUUGUAUUCAACAUGUAUAAGAGAAUUACUCCUGAAGAAGCACUUUUACAUCCCUACUUUAGAGAAUUCUAUGAUGUGAAUGAUUUGAAUGUGUGUCCAGAGAUGAAACCAUUCGACACGGCAUGGGAAGAGGACAUGUUCACCAGUGAAGAUUUAAAGAGAGAAGCCUAUGAUACUCUUUGUGAAAUUAAGAAACAAAUCUUGAUGGAAUUGACAACUAGUACGACGACCAUGAUGUCAUCCAAAGAGCAGCAACAACAGCAACAUGAUAGGACUACCUCAACGACUGCCUCAACGUCUGCUGCUACGACUGGUACUACGACUGGUACGACUGCUACUACAACCACCACCAAUAAUGAUCCAUCAUUGGGUGAGUUUGGUCAUGACCAUCAUGAUGAUAUUAUGGAUCAUUCCCAUUACCUUAUUGAAUAUGAACAUGAGGAUUUAUCGACUAGUCUUCGUGAUGAAAUGAUGAACCCCACCAUACAUAAUAACCACCCUGGUGGUGGUCGUGUCUCAACCUUAGAGCAUUCUCUAGAAGAUUCAACGAGCCUGCUGAUGGAUCGUACAUCUACUACUACUACUUGUAACUUCAAUCAUGAACACGAAUUGAACACAUUGAAUGAUGACAAUGUAUUAACAGUAUCCUCCUCUUCGUCGUUGUCACAUCCUCCUGUUGUCAUGUCCAAUAACAUGACUCAUUAUCAUUCAUCCGAUCAACCUGAUUAUUCAUCCAAAUUUGAUCUCUAUUUGACAUCUAACCCUGGAAUCAACAAUAUGAGUGGAGUUGGUAGUGAGAAUGAUGACGAUGUGAACAUGGAUCGUGUUGAUGAUAUGAUGUCACUUUCAACUCCUGUUAUUUUGAAUCAACCCUUACUUCAUGUGAAUUCAUAUGAAGAAGAAUAUCCCACAACCAUUCCCUCUUCUACUGUGAUGAACACCAAUGGUACCAUUUCAACAUUGACAACCUCAACAACCUAUCGAUUCAAUUCGACUCAUGGUAAAUCUAGUGUGAAUUCAGCAGCAGCAGCAUCGAAACAACAUUCACUCGUUUCAACAUUCUCACCGCCCACUGUUGUGAAUAUUUCCUAUCAGACCACUCGAGUGUAG